AUGGAAACCACUCUCGUUCGUGCCACCCCGCAACAAACUCGUGCAUCGCUGUUGCACCGUUAUGAUCCAGAUGGCCCCAUCACACUGCCACAGCACAUCGAAAGAGCAGAUGUCCUGGGGAGAUUGGGCUACGCCCAGAAUAAACAAAUCUACUGGGCACUCGUUCCCAGUGAUAAUCUGACCACUGAUGGGAUCUUAUCUACUGUUUCAACUAUCGCCAGGAAAGUUAUAGUCCAGAGCGCUGGAAAGUCCCUCGCACCAAGUUGUUACACCGCCUUCUCGAUAACCCACGUGUAUACGCCCAUGGAGCUUCGAAAAAGAGGAUACGCCACCAAGAUGAUGGCCCUCCUCCAUGGGCAGAUCUCUAGCCCAUCGUCGAAAUAUCAUUCUCACAACGAGCAAGAUGGCCUUUCCCUGUCCAACAGCUAUCCGACGGGAAUUCUGUCAUUUCUUUAUUCCGGCGUUGGGAAUUUUUAUUCAAAAUGUGGAGCUCCAGGAUGGCACAUUCAAACAUCGACUGAAGUCUACUGGGACGUCGUUUCCGUUCUCUCGCACCCUCCCGACCAUGGACAGGUUGACUACCUUACCGAAGAAGAUUUCGUCAAGGUUGCCGAACGUGACGCUUUCCUGCUGAUGGAGGAAUUCACAAAUCGCGCUCGCACAAACGAGCCGCCAGCCUUUGCGGUGCUUCCAACCGGCGAGGAGUUCACGUGGCUCGUCGCCCGAUCCAAGUUCUACGGUCAGAUCCUCUCCCCCGUACCCCUACCCACUCGCUGGGGUGUCCAACUCGACGACGACAAUUUUGCGAUCUGGUUCAUAGACUACACCAAGCAUGAGCUUCAGUUCUUACGCAUCAGGUGUGUGGGUGCAGAGAAGUUGUCUGCUAUGGUGUACGCUGCGGCAGCUGUAGCGAAAGAGCAAGGUUGCGGGAAAAUUCUUGCAUGGAAUCUCGACGAAAGACUUCUUGAUGACUUGAAGUCGCAUGGGGUGGAUGUCAAGACCCAACCUAGAGCAAAAAAUCUUGCUGCAGUGGCUUGGUAUGGCCCCGGCGAUUGUCCAGUAUGGAUCGCAAACGAGAAGUACGGAUGGUGCUGA